UAUGAAGGCAGCUAAUGAGGCCAGAAUAGGAGACACAUUUAGACAUCCUCUAUCUAAGACUUUGCCUGAAACUGGUUUUGAGUAGGUGAAGCCAUUGGUUUAUUGCGGUAUUUAUCCUGAAGAUCCUGAUGACUAUGCUGAAUUAAAUAAAUCAAUAUUCAAAUUGGCAUUGACUGAUCCAGCUGUAAUUAUUCAGAAGGAGAGUUCAGCAGCUUUAGGAAAUGGAUAUCGUUGUGGUUUUCUUGGAGUUCUGCAUAUGGAUGUAUUUAGAGAGAGAUUGGAGAAUGAAUAUAAUUUGAGUGUCUUAUUGACAUCUCCAAGUGUUCCUUAUAAGGCAAUCUUGAGGAACGGAAAGGAAGUAAUGGUUGAAAAUGCAAUUAUGGCACCAGAUGCAGCAGUCAUCAAACAUUAUGAACAACCUAUGGCUAUUGCAACUAUAAUGUGUCCAGAAGAGUACAGUGCCUCGAUAUUCUAGUUGUGUGAUGCAAGGAAUGGCAGAGUGGUGGAUUAAGAGAAGUAUGACAAAUAAGAUAGAUACAUAUUUAAAUUCCCUUUGAAUGAAAUCAUCUAGGAUUUGUUUGAUAAAAUAAAGAGUGCAACUAAAGGGUAUGGGUCAUUGGAAUACGAAUUCUGCGGAUUUGAAAAAGCGAACAUUGUUAAAUUAGUAAUUCAUUUAAUGGAUGAUCCAGUGGAUGCAUUGUCGUUUAUGGUGCCAGAAGAAAGGGCUCAUUAAUUGGGGAAGAAGAUUUGUUAAAGAUUGAAGGACAACAUUCCUUAGCAUUUAUUUGUUGUAUCUAUUUAAGCUAAGGUUGGUGGCAAAGUGAUAGCAGCAGAGAAGAUUGGAAGUACUGGAAAAAAUGUAACUGCUAAAUGCUAUGGAGGGGAUUACACAAGAAAGAAGAAGCUGUUGGAUAGAUAGAAGGAGGGGAAGAAGAGGAUGAGAGAAGUCGGCAGAGUUACUGUAAGGAAAGACACCUUCAUUAGUGUAUUCAAAGAUGAUUGA